GCAGAAGGGCGCCUUGGAUGUACGUGGUGGGGGCGGAGGGAUGGCUUUUCAUCAGCGGACGCCGCAGACGGCCGAAACGUUGCCUGGCGAUCCCAUGACUAUUAUGCUCUCUCAGUACUACGACUACUCCCAGCCGCCCUUGAACACGCCGUUUUCCGUCAAAGACAUCCUGAAUCUUCCGACGUCGGAGGAACCGUUCGGGCUCGAGGAUAUCGGCAUCGAGGAGUAUGUGCCCCAGAUCGACCUGGAGGCCGAUGGAUUGGAACUGCGUCUGCAGCACAACUUCCAGCCCGGUCUCAACGGCAUGACGUCCCAUCACGUCCAACAACUCAGCAACCUAAGCGUACCUUGCAAAGAAUCCGUCAAACACAACACAAAUUUGCCGAGGGACUGUGAGAAAAAAAGGGAACCCAACAAACUGAAACAGAGGUACAAACGAAAGCCGAGGAUUUUGUUCAGUCAGGCCCAGGUGCACCAGCUGGAGCAGCGUUUCAUGCAGCAAAAAUACCUGUCCGCCCCCGAGAGGGAGCACAUGGCCGCGGAAAUCAAACUGACAUCGACCCAGGUGAAGAUUUGGUUUCAGAACAGGAGGUACAAGUCGAAAAGGAUGCAGACCGAGGAGAACAACUCGAUCCUGCCGAGGCCGCAGUCCUGGGAGGUACCUCAGCCCUAUUACCAACAGCAAACCGUCUUUUACCAACAGCCCUACGACCAAAACUACGUUCAAGAAAAUUGGCAGAUUCUGUGAUACAAAAUUUUUUUCUGUCUGUUUUUCAUCAAAGAUUUUUUUUAAAUUUUGAUACAAUCGAAUUGCCUUUGAAGCCUUUCAACUCCAUUGAUCGAUAGAUUUGCCAAAAAGGUCGAAAGAAAUUUAUUAAUUGUUAUAGUUUUUGUACCACCUUUUUAUUUAUAUUUAAUUUUUUUCUUUUAAAAGGAAACUUAACCAAAAAAAGCUUGAAAAAAGUUAAAAUAAGUUAACUUAAGACUAUCAUCAAAAUGGUCCCUUUAGUUCAUAAGUUAAAAACAAAAUGUGCCAAAUAGAUUAGAGAGCGUUUACGAUUUUUUUAAAUUUUUUUUUUUUGUAGUUUCAUAAAAAAAUACACAAAUUAUAAAUUGAAUGUACAAAUACAUUAUAAAAAACUGCAUAUUAUGCAUUAAAAGUAAGUUUAUUGCAAUAAAGUGAAAUGUGAA